UGAACUAACUUCAUUGAUAUUGAUUUCAAAUUUUGAGGUUAAGUUGUUUUAACUGAAAAGAACCAUAAAAUUUUUUUUUAAUACAUAAUUUCCAAAAUAAUAUGGAAACAAAACUCCGCAGAUAUGAAAAAAUCGAGUUCUUAGGUGAAGGUCAAUUUGCAACUGUCUAUAAAGCCCGGGAUAUUGAAACAGAUACGAUAGUAGCUGUAAAAAAGAUAAAAAUAGGGAGUUCGGUUGAUGCGCAAGAUGGGAUAAAUAGAACGGCUUUAAGGGAAAUAAAAAUCCUUCAGGAAUUGAAUCAUAAGAAUCUUAUUGGGUUAUUAGAUGUGUUUGGACAUGUAUCGAAUGUAUCCUUAGUUUUUGAUUUUAUGGAUACAGAUUUAGAAGGAAUUAUUAAAGAUAAUACGAUAAUUUUAACCACGGCUAAUAUAAAAUCGUAUAUGAUACAAACUUUACAAGGGUUGGAAUAUUUACAUUUAAAUUGGAUACUUCAUCGUGAUUUAAAACCAAAUAAUUUACUUGUUAACUCAAAUGGAGUCUUAAAAAUUGGUGAUUUUGGUUUGGCUAAGUUUUAUGGUUCCCCAAAUCGAAUAAAUACCCAUCAAGUGGUUACAAGAUGGUACAGAGCCCCAGAACUUUUAUUUGGAGCUAAACAAUACAGUGUAUGCAUUGAUAUGUGGGCAGUUGGUUGUAUUCUUGCAGAAUUAUUGCUUCGAGUUCCAUUUUUACCUGGCGAUUCUGAUUUAGAUCAAUUAACAAAAAUAUUUCAAGUUCUUGGAAGUCCUACAGAAGAAAAUUGGCCUGGAUUAAAAACGUUGAGCGAUUUCGUUGAAUUUAAACCUUGUCAAGCAGUUCCAUUAAAACACAUCUUUACCGCCGCCGGCGACGAUUUACUAGAUGUUAUUUCGGGACUUUUAGUUUUAAAUCCAAACGAUCGAUUAGAUUGUACUCAAACGUUAAAGAUGCCGUUUUUUAGUAAUAAACCAGCUCCUACUUAUGGACCUAAAUUGCCUCUCCCGCAGAAUAUCCGUCGUAAAAGUGAGGAUAAACCGAGUUUGAAAAGAAAACUCGUUGAUGCUAUCGAAGGGGGUUCAUUAUCUAAACGCUUGUUUUAUUAAUUUUGUUAUUUAUAAAUAUUUAUACGUAUUAACUUUGGUUAGAU